ACUCACCCCGGCUCCUCCCUGUGUUUCUUCCUCAGUCUGCAUCGGUGGCCUUAUCCUUCCACAUCUUCUCGUGGUGCUCCUUCACGUCCUCCGGCGUCCCCCUCCUCUCCCUCUGAGCGCUCCACUCCUUAUUCUCCUCUCGGGCUCCCGCCAUCCAUCCAGCUGUGGCCCUCGCAGGGCGCGACUGCUGGCGCUCACCUGACAGGUCCCUGGCCUCAGGACGACUGCCAGCACCCGUACUCUCCCUACAUGAGGGACAAAGCGACGCAGACCCCCAGGGCCUGGGCAGAUGAGAGGAGGAGGGGCUCUCACAAACGCUCGGCCUCCUGUGGGAGCACCGACCAGCUCAAGGAGAUUGCCAAAUUGCGACAGCAGCUUCAGCGCAGCAAACGCAGCAGCCGCCAUCGGAGGGAUAAAGACCGCAAGUCCCCGUUCAAUGGCAGCCAUACCAUCAUCCAGUCGCAGUCACCUAUGCCCAAGACCAUCCUGAUACCCAUCCCUAUAUCCAAGUCCUCGGCCCCUCGUUUCCGCAACAGCGUGGAGGGCCUCAACCAGGAGAUUGAACGCAUCAUCAUCCGGGACACGCCUGAAAAAGACGAGACCAUCGUUCCACAGGAAGUCCCAGAUGGGCACCGCGCACCCCCACCCGUCCCCCCACAGCGCAGCAGCAGCACCCGCAGUAUAGACACACAGACUCCCUCAGGGGGCGGCCUGAGCGGUAACCAUAGCAACAGCAGUAGCCGACCCGACUCCAUCUCGCCCUCCUACCUCACCGUGCUCAACGACACGGGUGGAGGCAGCCCCUACGAGGACAAAGAGCUGGGCCCCUGCUCCCCGCUGCCUAAAUAUGCCGCCUCCCCCAGACCCAACAACAGCUACAUGUUCAAGAGGGAACCGCCGGAGGGCUGCGAGAAAGUCAAAGUGUCCGAGGACACCAUAACCAAACCUCUGCAGGACCUCCCUCGCUUCUUGUGUCCCGACCGCAACAAGGUCAACUUCAUCCCGAACAGUGGCUCUGCCUUCUGCCUCGUUAGCAUCCUCAAGCCCUUACUCCCCGGUCCCCGAGGUCCGGUGGGCCUCCGGAGCCUGUCCCCGUCCCUCGUGCCUCUGUCCACCCAGCCCUGCCUCCUGGAGGAGCCCGAGAGCUUCUGACGGCUUCACGUCACCCCCCCCCGGAAACCCCCCCCCCUCAACAAAAUCAGAAAACACUUACUAGGAAACAACCCUUCUGCUCUAAGAAUGCCUUCAGCAUGCCAGCUAAGCUCUCUCUGAUGUCCUUAUCUCGUUGACAAAGCGCUUCCCACUGCCUCUCCUCAGACGACUACAACGUGAGAGUCCUGCAGCCCUGUGCGGGGGUGUGCACAUUUCAUGCUUUCUUCUACCUUUAGUGCUGGUUAUGUUCCUGUUUUCUCGGGAGGAAAAGGGCGAAAGGACAGACUCUUUUAUUUCAUCGUAUUAUACCAUGGCGCCUUUCCACGGACAUAUCUCUUUUUCUAUCUGUAGUUAUUUCUCUUGAUAUAAAAUAUGCCUUCCAUUGUAAAGAAAAAAAAAAAGGCCACUGGUUUCCUCGGCAACCAAGAGUUUGACCACAGAGGCUAAUUUUGGUGCUGCCAGAUAUAUCGUAGCAAAACUUGAACGGUCGCGACGAGGAGGAGUUUAUAAAUGUGCCUGAUAUUUUAGACCGCUCAGUUUCGCUCAACCAGCGUAGUGCUGCAUCAUGGUUGUUUCUUUAGCAUGGCACACAUGAUGUUUGCACUAUGGUGGCCAUAGAUACACACACAGGCAGGGCAAGCAGAAAAUACAAGCAGUGGUGGGAAGUACCUAAGUACAUUUACUCAAGUACUGUAAUUAAGUACACGUUUUGAAAUACCACAACAACUCAAAGGGAACAUUGUCCUUUUUACUUCAACACAUUUAUUUUGAAGCUUUGGUUACUGUUAAAUGUAAUCGAUCCAACAAUAUAUUUAAGUACCUUAAACAAUUAGCAGGACAGAUAAUUAAUCAGCAGCAAUUUAAUGACGAUUUUGCAUAAAAACACGUUGCAUUUCCAGCUUGUGUGAAGAUUUGCAGCUUUUACUUUUAAAUAUUUUAUAGUAUAUCUAAAAUAUCCAAUAUUGCAAUGAGUUUCUCAAUGCAGGACUUACUUACUUGUAAUGGAGUAUUUUUUACAGUAUAGUAUAAGCACUUUUACUUGAGUGAAGGAUCUGAAUACCUCUUCCACCACUGUAUGCAACGAGGGGUUUUUAAACAUAUUUAUGUGUACCUUUAUCAGCCAUUUGCAGUGCAGGCUGACUGUAAACGGGUACAAGCUUCACAAACAGGUAGCAGUGAGCCCCCCCCCCCCCUGCCUGCUGCUGUGUAUCUAUGGGAAACGCAGGCCAGGGCUAUGAUGUGUGCAGCGUGUUCUACCUGUCUGCCUGCCCCUCCUUCCCAAGCGCCAGCCUUUGCUUCAGAAAUGUCCCUCCUUACUCCACGUCCAUCACACACACCCCCCUUUUGUUCCAGCUCUUUCUCUCCUCCUCUUUCCCUCGCUGUAAAGCUGAUUUCCUCCUGUGUUGCUCAGCUCGUGUUGUUGUAAAAUGUGUCCAGGCGGGUGUCGUCGUGGCUCCCUCUGGCCUGCAGAGCCCUGAACAUGGAGAGGCUGGUGAACAAACACAUCACAAUAUCACUACAAUAAAGUCUCCUCAUCAGCUUCAAGACCCUUAAAUCUAAGUAUUUCUCUCAACCUAAUUUCAGACACCCUGCGCUUCAUUUGGAGCUGCUGAUUGACAGCCUCUCCAUGCCCCCGCCCCUCUUCCUGUAAAUGUCGUUACUACUUGACUGUGCCUGCUUCGGUGGGAUAGGAAUGUACUGGAAUUGUAAAUAUAAAGGCACACUGUGUUUGUAUUAUCGGCUGACAAAGAUAUGUAUCUGAAUGAGUUGUACCAUAGGCCCCCUCCCUCCCUUCCUUCCUUCCUCCCUCCCUCACUCCCCCCCCCCCUGCUUUCUCUCCGCUGAGUACUGUGAAUUUCAUGUCUCAUUAUUGUGAAUAAUAAUGUAUUUAUUUAUCAGGAGUGUUAUUGGGUCUUCAGAGAAUUUUAACCAAGAAUAGAUUACAUCCUCCAUCUCAGGUUGUAGUGAAUAGGAUACAAAAAAAAGAUGACUAACUUCUCGUGCACACUAACAAGUCUACACUACGAAGAGAGCAAACCAACAGCUGCUAUGUAUGUAGCCUCACACCAAGGAAACAAUGUAACCUGUAGCAGAGUAGAAGUAGAGAGAAGUGUGGAUGUCGUUUAUCCAGUGACCUGAUUUGGCAUGUUUCUAAAAAAGAGUUCUGUUCCAAAAUGAGAUAUCCACUUGCUGAAAACAAUCACACCUACAGCGACGAGACUUUCUGUCGUUUUUAGACGUCUGUUUACAAAAGUAGUUUGGAAGAUUAGAUUCAUACAAAUACAGAUUUAUUUCAGAUACCGACUUUUAUCAGAGUGGAUAAACAGCAUUUUGGAAUGAGGCUCAACGCAGUGACUCUUUGUUUGCUUGUCCAGUUUAUUGGAAACAGAACUGCCAAGUGUUCAUCUGUUAAACCCCUCGAGUGAAAUAAAAAGGCAUAGUUGAAUUAAAUAAA